UAUUCUGGGAAGAAUUAUGGUUUGGAUUUUCCUAUACUAGCCAUGGAAAUAGCAGUUUCCCCCAUGAGGUCACAAGAAUUGGAUCCCAUGGCUACUGAUGCAUCACCCAUGCUUAUAAACAUGACUCCCACCACAGAGCAGGAUGGUGAAGAUGUAUUGAAGGAGCUUGAUUCUGGAGAGCGGUAUGAAAAGCCUCCCCCUCUCCAUACAGGGGCUGACUGGAAGAUUGUUCUCCAUUUGCCUGAAAUUGAGACAUGGCUCCGAAUGACGUCAGAGAGAGUCAGGGACUUGACCUAUUCAGUCCAGCAGGACUCGGACAGCAAGCAUGUAGAUGUGCAUCUAGUGCAGCUAAAGGAUAUAUGUGAAGAUAUCUCGGAUCAUGUUGAACAAAUUCAUGCUCUAUUAGAGACUGAGUUUUCUCUGAAGCUUCUGUCUUACUCUGUCAAUGUGAUAGUCGAUAUCCAUACAGUGCAACUACUCUGGCACCAGCUACGUGUGUCUGUUCUGGUUCUGCGAGAACGCAUCCUCCAGGGACUACAGGACGCCAAUGGAAACUACACCAGGCAGACUGAUAUUCUGCAAGCAUUUUCUGAGGAGACAAAGGAGGACCGCCUUGAUUCAUUAACUGAAGUGGAUGACGCGGGACAGUUAACUAUCAAAUGCUCUCAAAAUUAUUUGUCCCUGGAUUGUGGUAUUACUGCCUUUGAAUUGUCUGACUACAGCCCUAGUGAGGAUUUACUUGGAGCCCUGGAUGACAUGACCUCCAGUCAAGGAAAAGCAAAACCAUUUGAAUCUUGGAACUACAGUGAAAUGGAAAAAGAAUUUCCAGAGCUUAUCAGAAAGCUUAUCAGAAGUGUGGGAUUACUUGCCGUAGCAACUGAUUCUAUAGGUUCAAAGUGUGAUGAAGCCAUUAAUGUGAAAGAAACCCAUUUACCUCUUCCAACAGAUAAGACAGAAAGCAAGGACAGUGCAGAAUCACCUGAACUUUCACUGCUAUCUACUGAAGAAUCAUUUCUCUGUCAAGGGCCUGGUACUGAGGAUGGUGUCAUAUCAACUGACAACAAACUAGUUCCUAGUUCACAGAAACAAGAAUGCAAUCUAUCACACCAUCUUGAUGCAAAAAUCAAACAUCUUCCCUGUGAAAACUCAACUCCGAAGAGAUCCAUAAGAGACUGCUUUAAUUAUAAUGAGGAUUCUCCCACACAGCCUACAUUGCCUAAACGUGGUCUGUUUCUAAAAGAAGAUGUAUUUAAAGAUGAUAUGGAGGUCAAUGAUUUAAAAAAUCACAUUUCUCAGAUUGCAAAGACUGAAAUGAGUAGAAGCACACCUUCCUUAUUAGAUCCUCCAGACAGAUCCAAGCUCUGUUUGGCUUUACAAUCCUCUUACCCUAAUAGCCCACCUGCUGUCAGUCAGUCAUAUGAUUGCUUAUAUAAAAUAGGUGAUAGAAACCUUGACUAUACAAUAAAAAAUCACUUUAAGGAAAGUAUUUUAAGUUUAGGCAAAUCUGAUUACUACACCAGGAAAGAAAAACCAAAGCACAAGAAGUCACAUGACACUUUUGAGAAAGUGACUCCAAGAAGGGCAACUGUGACUCCAAGAAGGGCAACUGGUAGCAUUUCUAACUCGGCUUCAACAAUGCCGGUGGAAAAAAGAGGACACUCAGUUCUAAGAAAUGGAAUUCCUCUCUGUAAAUCCUACUCCCUGGAGGGAACAGAAACUGAUUCUACUUCCACAUCAUCAGAUCCUUGUAAUCAAAGGGAUCUGAAUGUCCAGUAUCAAAGUAAAAUUGAACAAUCAAGUUCACCAGCACACAGCCAAGAGGGUGCAUCUUCAGCUGACUCAGAACCUGCUAUCAACUCGUCACCUGUUCUUCCAAGAAGUAAGAGUAAGGAAUGUUACUCAUCAUCACCCACUUACAUUAAUACAAAUAAUAAAGCAGCUGAGGUCUGGUAUGGUUCAGAUGAAUAUUUAGCACUUCCUUCACACCUCAGACAGACAGAAGUGUUGGCUUUGAAGUUAGAAAAUUUGACAAAACUGCUGCCACAGAAACCUGGAAAAGAAACCAUUCAAAAUAUUGAUGACUGGGAGCUGUCAGAAAUGAACUCUGAUUCUGAGAUGUAUCCAACAUACCACAUUAAAAAGCACAAAAGACUGGGUAGGAUUUCCCCAAGCUCUUCAAGUGAUAUAGUAUCCUCACUGGGUGACAGCAUUGAAUCUGGGCCUCUCAGUGACAUUCUUUCAGAUGAAGAGCUUUGUAUGCCUGCAUCAUGUAUUAAAAAAUAUGCAGUAGACAAAUCAGAAAGGACUGCAGUGAUUCAGCCUGCUGAGAACAGUGAGAUCUCUGCCUCAAAUAAGUCUGCUUUAAUUCACCAAUUGAUGCAAGAUAUACAGCACCAAGACAAUUAUGAAAUGAUAUGGGAAAAAAUUGAGGGGUUUGUAAGCAAGCUGGAUGAAUUCAUUCACUGGUUAAAUGAAGCCAUGGAAACGACAGAGAAUUGGACUCCUCCUAAAGCAGAGACAGACAGCCUCAAACUAUACCUGGAGACACACUUGAGUUUUAAGUUGAACGUAGAUAGCCACUGUGCUUUAAAAGAAGCUGUGGUAGAAGAAGGACGUCAACUUCUUGAGCUUAUUGUAUCUCACAAAUCAGGACUGAAGGACAUGUUGCAGAUGAUUGCAAGUCAAUGGAAGGAACUACAGAGACAAAUCAAACGGCAACACAGCUGGAUUCUUAGGGCUCUGGAUAUCAUCAAAGCAGAGAUACUGGCUACUGAUGUGUCUGCAGAGAAUGAGGAAGGGACUGGGAGCCCCAAGGCUGAGGUUCAGCUAUGCUAUCUGGAAGCACAAAGAGAUGCUGUUGAACAGAUGUCCUUAAAGCUGUACAGUGAGCAGUACAACAGUAGUAGCAAGCGAAAGGAAGAGUUUGCGGAUAUGUCAAAAGUUCACACAGUGGGAAGUAAUGGCCUUUUGGACUUUGAUUCAGAAUAUCAGGAGCUCUGGGAUUGGCUGAUUGACAUGGAAUCCAUAGUGAUGGACAGCCAUGACCUGAUGAUGUCAGAGGAGCAGCAGCAGCAUCUUUACAAGAGAUACAAUGUAGAAAUGUCAAUCAGACACCCAAAAAAGAUGGAACUGCUUAGUAAGGUUGAAGCUUUGAAGAAAAGUGGUGUUUUACUACCAAAUGAUCUCCUUGAAAAAGUGGAUUCAAUUAAUGAAAAAUGGGAACUGCUUGGGAAAACCCUAGGAGAGAAGAUUCAAGACACAAUGGUAGGGCACAGUGGGUUAGGUCCACGUGACCUGCUCUCGCCUGAAAGCGGCAGCCUGGUAAGGCAGUUGGAGGUCAGGAUCAAAGAGCUGAAAGGGUGGCUGAGAGAUACAGAGCUUUUCAUCUUCAAUUCCUGUCUGAGACAAGAAAACGAAGGAACAAUGAAUGCUGAGAAACAACUGCAAUAUUUUAAGUCUCUUUGUUGUGAGAUCAAACAGAGGCGCCGUGGGGUAGCCUCUGUGUUGCGAUUAUGCCAACACCUCCUGGAUGACCAGGAGACCUGCAAUCUGAAUGCAGAUCACCAGUCUAUGCAGCUGAUAAUUGUAAAUCUUGAAAGAAGGUGGGAAGCUAUUGUCAUGCAAGCUGUCCAGUGGCAAACCAGACUACAGAAGAGGUUGGGGAAAGAUCCAGAGUCUCUGAAUGUUAUUGAUCCAGGUUUAAUGGAUUUAAAUGGUCCAAAUGAAGAUGCACUAGAAUGGGAUGAAACUGAUAUAAGUAAUAAGCUGAUUAGUAUUAAUGAAGAGUUAAAUGAAUCUGAUCAAGAACAAAAGCAGGAAGAUCCACAACAGAAAUCUGGUUUAGAAAAAUGUGAUGGCAGCCAUAUCCUAAAUCAAGAUGAAAACAUCAGUGACAACACAAGUCCUCUGCACUGUCCCAGCAUUACAUCCCCCUCUAAUCCUCAUAUCUACCAGGUCUAUAGCCUCCAUAACAUAGAAUUAUCAAGGGAAAAAAAUAUGCCCAUCUUGAAAAAGAUACCCAAUCUAACACAGUCUGAUAUUUUAAACAAAUGUAUUAGUAAAGACUCUCCAUUUUCAUCUACCAAAUCACUGCCAGACCUAAUAGGUAGAACCACAGUGACAAAACCUUGUGAUUAUAUGUAUCAUAGUGGGAACAUAAGCAGACAUUCUGAGAGUGAGCAUGGAAAAGUCAGUGAAUGUCAUACAGAAGUUACAAACAAUUCUGAAAUUGUUUUAUUAAAUGACACAGAAAGAACACAGAGUAACCCUGAAACUGGGUUCCCAGAAGCCCAAAUUAGCAACAUAGUUGAUGUGAUAAAACAAAAAAUUAAACAAGAUGAAGACCACAUUAUACUUUCAAAUACUUGUCAGCCAACAUCUUCUACAUAUUGUUUAAGUGAAAAAGAUGGAGAUCUGAACAGUAUUACCCGACAUAGUCCUGGUUGUGUGGAAGAUGAACUACAAGGAAAACAUGAUGUGUUUACAUUUUAUGAUUACUCAUAUCUUCAAGGCUCCAAACUCAAAUUACCAUUGAUAAUGAAACAAUCAGAAAUUGAAAAAGCGCAUGAAGAGGGCACUUCGAUUCAUGACUUCUGUUUUGAUAAAACACCCAGUAAAUCUGAACAUCAGUCUGGAGAAUUACAGCCAGAGGCACUUAUGCAUGAACUUGCUUGGGCAAGUAUCUAUAAAAAAACAGAUCCCAGUUCCUGUAAAUCUGCGGAGAGUGCUAGGAAGAUACCUGAAACACAGAAUGCAAAACUGCUUUCAGCUUUAUCUCAUAGUUCUUCUUUGGAGUCUCUUUCUGUAGUAGGUGAUUUGUUCAGCUCAAGCAUUUUUAAAACAGCUGAUAAUCUUCCACGUAGUACCUCUUUGGAGAGCUGGUUGGCUUCAUACAAAAGCAAUGAAGACCUUUUUAGUCAUCAUGGCUCAGGAGAUAUAAGUACAAGCAGUGAUUCUGUUGGAGAGCUCAGCAAAAGAACACUAGACCUUUUGAAUCGUUUAGAAAAUAUCCAGAGUCCUUUAGAUCAAAAGAUAAAGCGCAGCAUCUCUGAUAUCACACUCCAAAAUAGCUCUCAAAAAAUGUCCUUAGCUGGACAGCUGUCUCUAGAUAUUGCAUCUUCAAUCAAUGAAGAUUCAGCUGGUUCUCUAACAGAACUUAGCAGCAGUGAGGAUCUUUCUCUUUGCUCUGAAGACAUUGUACUGCAUAGAAAUAAAGUACCAGAUUCAAAUGCAUCAUUUAGAAAACAUCUUAAUCGGUCAGUUGCUGAUGAGAGUGAUGUCAAUGUCAGCAUGAUUGUUAACGUCUCCUGCACUUCUGCUUGCACUGAUGAUGAAGAUGACAGUGAUUUGCUUUCAAGUUCUACCCUCACCUUGACUGAGGAAGAGCUAGGCAUCAAAGAUGAAGAUGAUGACUCUAGUAUUGCAACUGAUGAGGAUAUUUAUGAAGAAUGCAAUUUAAUUUCAGGACUUGAUUACAUAAAGAACGAAUUGCAGACUUGGAUUAGACCAAAAUUUUCUUUGUCAAGGGAAAAGAGAAAAGGUGACCUCAGUGAUGAAAUUCAGCGCAGUAAAAAUGUAAGCAGUAAUGAGACAUCGAAAGGAACAGAUACAUUUAGCAUUGAAAUGUUUCUGAAUGGUUCAGUACAUAAACUAUCAGAAAAUAAUGGAAACAGUAAGAAUGCAUCAGAUGGUCAUGGGCUCAGGACAAAAAGCCAGACUAUAAAGAAUAGCUCGCAGAUUGCUAAAGAGCAGUUUGUAGAUGACAUGGAGAAUGGUAAUGUUGAAAACACUCAAGGAAGUCAAAAGGAAGAAAUUGUUAGAACGUCAUCAGCUCCCCAAAAUCUUGAUUCACUCGAUGGUAAGGGAGCUGAAAGUGAAUGUUGCAUCUCUGAAGUGCUUACAGAUAGUUCAGAUGAUUCACAUAUGGAUGGCAAGGAGUGUCUUCAGCCCCCAAACAUAUCCAGGAAUCUUUCAAAAGAAUGUCAAAAUCAUCUUCAGUCUGAUGAUCAUUGUAUUGCUUAUACUUUCACUAAAAAGCCUUGUAAGGAGCCUGCCUCAGAAAUGAAAAAUAUAGCUAUAGAAGAUGCUACUUUACUAAAAUCUUUAACUAGAGGUCAACAAACCAGAACAAGCAUUCCCGAAAAAUAUACUGAUUGCUGUGCAGCUUUUAGAGCAAAUGAAGCAGAAGAGAGCACUUCUGCCAGUGGUAGCGAUUCAUGUUGUAACUGUGAAUCUGCUGCUUUUGAUAAAAGAAAUGUGGAAGACUGCUCAGUGCACAACUUUGUGAUGGAAAUAAUUGACAUGGCAUCAACAGCCUUGAAGAGCAAGUCACAGCCUGAAUGUGAUGCAUCCAUUCCCACUUCACUAGCACAAAUCAAAGAAAAAGUACUUGAGCAUUCUCACAGGCCCAUACUACUAAGAAAGGGGGACUUUUAUUCUUAUCUUUCACUUUCUUCCCAUGAUAGUGACUGUGGGGAGGUAACCAAAUAUGUAGAGGAAAAGAGCAGUACACCAGUGCCACUGGACUUUACAGAUGACAGAGAAAACAUUGAAUGUUUUUUUGAAGCUUGUCCUGAGGUAGAACAAGUUGAGCAGCAGCCAUAUGUCACUAACACUACUCCUGAUGGUUUACUAGCAUCAGACAAAGACUUGCAAUUAUUAGAUGAAAUAAAAAGGUCAGCCGAAUGUAGUGGCUUUUCUUUAAAUGAUGACAUUAACAUCAGUGUGCCCGAUCCUGACAACCAAAAUGUACCAACCAAUUUGAAAAACUUUGCUGAUGAUUCACUGACUUUGGACAACCAUGAUAAAGGCUUGGAUAUGAAUUAUCUAAAGCUUGGCACUAAGAAAAGUAGUACAGAAGAGUCAUUUGGAACUGAGAAGCCUAAAGCAAAUAUUGCUGCUGCUGAAAAGGCUUCAGCUAUAGACUUUCAAUUAAAGCCAGACCACUUAAAAGAUAAAGAUGCAUUGCACCAGAACACUAAAACUCUCACGUGUGAAGAAAACCUCCUGAAUCUUCACAAAGAAAGGCACAUAAAUAUGCACAGAUAGAAUGUAACCCUCCCUGGCACAUGCAUUAUCUCAGAGACAGAACGUUGGCUGCAAUUCAGGUGCAGGUUCAUCCUGUAAACCCUGGGAUGACCUCCAAUUCCAUUGUAUCACUGCCUUUCAUUAUACUGACUCCCAAGAUAAAUUUUCUUUCCAAAUGUGAUUUGUCCAUGUUGGCUUUGUGAUCAGGCUGCAUAUGCUAGUCCUAUUUCAGUGAAUAUUUUGUAUUGUAGCAAAGCCAUUUGCUUUCUUAUGGAUUCCUCUCCCAAGCUACCUCUAAUGACCUGCCCUUCUAAAACUGGAUGUUUCUUUACUAUUUGUCACCUAUUAUGUUCUCUAAAGUUUUGCAAUUCCACAGAAUUCAUACUCAGUCUGAUUCUUUUCAGAACUGUACUUGUCAGUAUUCCCCUAUUUCGUGUAUCAAAUUUAAUAUUUAUAUGUAUAAUGCAUAUGUUUAUUGAAACUAUUUUAAGUUUAAAAUGACAAUUUUGUUUGAUUGCAGCAAAAGGAAGUCAUUAGUCCUCCUGAUUCAAUACAUCUAAAAGUUAAGCAAUUAUAAUAAUGCCACUUUAUUUCAUUUUAAAUUUAAUCUAUGCAACACUUCAAGAAACAACUACAUAGUGUUGUAUAUUAGGAACUUUUGACAUUCUACUGAAUUAAGUACAACAUUUUGUUUUUUUAUGCUUCUUGAGGUGGUAAUGA